UAAAACGUGGUAAGUUCUCUCACCCAGUCCCUCCGAACGGAGAAGAAAAACAUCAACAGUCAAGUUGAUAAAAAAACAAGAAGAAGAAGACUGAAAAAUGGCGAGUGGCGGUGCUGCUGCUGCUGGUGGUGGAAAAGUGUCGUUCAAAGUUACGCUCACCUCCGAUCCAAAACUCCCUUUCAAAGUAUUUAGCGUACCGGAAGCAGCCCCGUUCACGGCCGUUUUGAAAUUCGCUGCCGAGGAAUUCAAAGUUCCUCCCCAAACCAGCGCUAUCAUCACCAACGAUGGAGUGGGAAUCAAUCCUCAACAAAGUGCAGGCAAUGUCUUCCUUAAACAUGGUACUGAACUGCGCUUGAUCCCCCGUGAUAGAGUUGGAGCUUUUGAAUGUUGAAAACAGGAUUAUCAUCAGACAUAGGAAGUUUUUUAUCUUUUUGCUUAUUCUGUGUCUUGUUUUCUUCUGUGCCAUUCUAUAAGCUGGGUUGAUAGUUGCCUGUUCGCAUUAUAUUAGUGUAACUGAUAUGAUGAUCAAUAUGAACUGGGAUGAAAGGUAGCUGCAACACAUGGUCUUUGAAUUAAUCACAAUGGAAAGGUCGCGUUGCUCUUUUUCUUA